GGCGGAGCCUGCUGGCCCUGGCUCGGCAGACCUGCACCUUCGGUGUUUCCCUCCGCGAAGGCGCUCUCGUCCUCGGCAUGCGGCGCCUUCCUGCUUUCUUCCCCGGGCCUUUCCUCCGCUGAGCGCCUUCCUUCCCGGCUGCCAUGGCGUCGUCGUCGUCGUCGAGGGCGGCGGGCUGCUGCUCCUCUCUGGAGGACGGGCAGUUCGACUCGGGCCUGGGCUCGCUGCGCUCCUUGCAGGGCCCGCUGGGCGAGGGCGAGGGAGAGCCCCCUUCCCCGGCUCCCCGAGAGGCCCCUCCGGGCAAGGAGGCGCCCGCCGAAGCCGACGAGAGGCUGGACUCCAGCUACGGCUCUGCCUCCUUAGUCGAGGCCUUGGCGGCGCUGAAAGAGACCCCCGAGAAAGAGGAGGAGGAGGAAGAGGAGGAAGGAGAAGAGGUGGAUGGGCGCCAAGGAGAAGAACGCCUCAGGCAGCAGCUGCUGGAGACCUUCACCUUCGUCUCAGAAGAAGGAGAUACGUUGCUGCACUUGGCCAUCAUCCACUGUGUGCCCUCGAUAGCACUCUGCUGCAUCGCUGAAUUGCCUGUUGAGGCUUUGGAGAUUCAGAAUGACUUAUUCCAGACUCCACUUCAUUUGUCUGUGUAUCUUGAGCAAUCCUUGGUGGUGCAAGCAUUAGUUCUGAAAGGGGUGAACACAGCCUUGCAGGACCGCAGUGGAAACACCCCCCUGCACUUGGCCUGUGAGCAGCAGAGUCUGGAGUGCACUCAGCUGCUGCUGAUUCAGGAACCAACCUCUGACAAUAACAGGGUGGCAAGGGAGGCUCCGCAGGAGCUGCAGCUUCAAAACUGGCAAGGGUUGACUUGCCUACAUAUCAGCACCUUGAAAGGAAACCUUCAACUGAUGACACUGCUGGUGAAGAAUGGAGCUGACAUUAAUGUUCAGGAUGGCACAAGUGGGAAGACACCCCUGCACCUGGCUGUGGAGAACCAUGAUGAGAUGGCCGUGAAGCACCUCCUGCGAAUGGGAGCCCAGGUGGAUGCUCAGAUGUACAAUGGUUGCACUCCGCUGCAUCUGGCUGUGGGCAGGAAGGAUACUACAAUUGCUGCCGUUCUCUGCCAUUCAGGAGCUGACACCUUGCUGCGCAACAUGGAGGAUGAGACAGCCCAGGACCUGGCUGAUGGCAAUGAUGAUAUCCUGACACUUUUGCCCUUUGAUGACCUGAAGAUCUCAGGGAAGCCUGUGGUGUGCUCCAGUUAAGCAUCCCAAGAGUUUGAAGGUUGAUAGUGAAUCAUAUGGGAGGUGGACCACGAUCCACUUCCUGUUAACAACAGCAGAACUGGACUGCUAGUAAACAGUUCCCUUUGCUUCAGAAAGCAAGCCUUUGUACUUCUUCAGACAAUUUUGAAAAGUAUGCAGAAUUGUGGGAGCUCCUGCAAGAGAAAGCUGCUCUCAUGGGUUUGAUCCCUGGAUAGUGACAUGGAUGAGUCUUGUUUUUGAAGGACUAAAGACUGGCCUAUAUUUGCUAUGCUUGCAUUGUGUCAUAAUUAUGAGAGACAGAAGUCUUAAGAGGAUGACUAUUUUUCCUGACUAUGCAGUGAAUAGAGGGAAGCAUAAACCUCGUUCUUCUCCCUCUCUCUGUGUCCCAGCUUAAGCCAAUGAUGGAAAUCUGCCAGGAGGGGUUGUUCCAGUCUUUAGCAUUUUCGUUUUGAAGAUACUUUUUCUCUACCCAUUUUUCUGACCUAACUGCUACUGCUUGUUUCCGUCAGUAGUUCAUGCUAAGGCUGCAUUGUUCGCCAGGCUUCUAGAUGCAGUGUCCAAAUUCAGAAUAGCUUCAACUCUCAUGUGUUGCCUCCUAUGGAGGAAAACCCUCACAAACAGAAUUACAGGAUUAGAAAUUGUCCUCAUUUCAAUGCUGCUUCUGGGACAGACAUAACCUAUGGGAAUAAGAAUGAUCUCAGGAGUCUGUCAUAUGAGAAAACAGUGUUCUUCAGGAGUGACCCAAGGAAGGUCCUGUUUUGCUUGAGCACUGUUUGGGUUUUCUAGCUGUGCUGCACAGGAAAAUUCUAACUUAUUGAAAUUCUGUCUUUCAAAUACUGCACUUCCCUCCGGCACAUGUAACUGAAGGUAAAGUUCAUGAAGAGAAGGGAAAUGGCAGGGGCUGUCCCUCUUCGACAGAGAUUAUAGAAUGUCAUUUUGUACCUUGCUUUUUUCGUGUCAGUAGCGACUUGAGAAAAUUGCAAGUCGCUUCUGGUGUGAGAGAAUUGGCCAUCUGCAAGGAAGUUGCCCAGGGGACGCCCAAAUGUUUAAUGUUUUUUACCAUCCUUGUGGGAGGCUUCUCUCAUGUCCCUGCAUGGGGAGCUGGAGCUGACAGAGGGAGCUCAAUGUGCUCUCCCCGGAUUCGAACCACUGAUCUGUCUGUCAGUAAUCCUGCUGGCACUGGGGGCUCCUUGCUGUUGUUCGUGUUGAACAUAAGGAUGCAGCAGAUGUAUGACAAGCCACAGGGGAUAAUGCUUCCAGCUUGUCUUACCAUAGAAGAGGGAAACAUUUUAAAGGAACUACUUGCUACAUCUCAACUCUUAGCAACUAGAACGCUUACUUCAGGUUUUAAACUGUUGACCUCAGUCACUGGGUGGUCAGGUUUCGUAAUCCAAAACCACCUGUCAAGAGAUAACUACAAAAACAUGUUUUGGAAAUAAUACGGGGACUCAGAAUUGUGAUGCUUCCAUAUACAUUUUCCCUGUUGAUGGUUAUUGCGGUCCAUCCUGGGGAGGGAAUAAAGCCUUUCUGCAGCUGAUGAGAGGUGCAUUUAGGUCAAUGAAUGACAGGAAUGAAAGUUGCUUACAUGUAAACCUUGCUCCAAAGGGGGGGAAUUUCCCAGUUCCCUCCCUCCGUUUGCUGCCUGGGAGCUGCCCUUUGUAAUGUGGCAAGUCCCAGAUGGCGCAAUCAGUUGGGAUGUCAUAAGCAUAUCUUUCCUUCUUUCCUUCCUCCUUACUUUCAUUCCUUCAUUCCUUCUCUGUUUGUAAGAGACAGAACUAGAAGCAGCAGCAACUUUACAUACAAUUGUCCACGAAAUGUCUGUUUGUUUUUUUGUAUCAUGCUCCAGCUUGAAACCUUUGCUUCUCUUUUCUCCCCUCCUGGUCAUUCCCCCUCCACCCCAUAAUUUUAUAUUUUCUUAAGACCAAAAUAAAGUUCUUAAACUGGAAAAACA